GAACGAUUAUAUUUUGGGUGACCCUUGCGGCCUUUUUGUUGAGGCCUUUAGGUCACAAAGCCCCCACCUAAAGAGGAGACGCUCCCGUGGGAGGGAGGCAGGGCGCAGCGGGGCCCCCGCCUCAGGCGUCAGUGAGCACAAAGGAGACCGCGGGGAGGUGGCGGCGGGAGCCGAUCCCCGCUCGCCCGCCGCUCGCAGUCGCGGUUACAGACCUGCGGCUCCCCUCCCCCGCCAGGCCGGCCCGGCAGCCUUUCUGUCUCCUCUCUCCCUCCGUACUGGCCGGCUCGGGGCUAUUUCCGGGCUCCGGAUAUUUGGUAUCGAUCAGGGCUGGGGUCGCGGAGCAGGUGGCUGUGGCCGGGCAGCUGGGCCCCUAGCCCGGUGUGCCGGCGUCUGCCUCCCGCCGCCUUUGUCGCCAGCCCUUGCCCGGCCCGCCCGCUGCCUCCUCCCGGCCCGCGCUCGCCGCCGUCCGGACUCGGCGCCGCGUCGGGCGCGGCUGCUGCGCUGAGGGGCCCGCUCCGUGCGGGCGCCGGCCGGGAAGCGGGGCGAGGGGCAGCCAGGACCCCGGCCCGAUAUGGCUGAAGUCAGUAUCGACCAGUCCAAGCUGCCAGGAGUUAAGGAAGUAUGUCGAGAUUUUGCUGUCUUGGAGGACCACACCUUGGCUCACAGCCUGCAGGAACAGGAGAUCGAGCAUCAUUUGGCAUCAAACAUUCAGCGGAACCGUUUGGUCCAGCAUGAUCUCCGGGUGGCUAAGCAGCUCCAAGAGGAAGAUCUGAAAGCCCAGGCUCAGCUUCAAAAGCGCUACAAAGACCUUGAACAACAAGACUGUGAAAUUGCUCAGGAAAUUCAGGAGAAGCUGGCUAUUGAGGCAGAGAGACGACGCAUUCAGGAGAAGAAGGAUGAGGACAUAGCUCGCCUUUUGCAAGAAAAGGAGUUACAGGAAGAGAAAAAGCGAAAGAAACAUGUUCUAGAGUUCUCUGGAGCCAAUGUUUAUGGAGAUAAUUACUGUUACGAAGAUGGAGACCAGCCAAGGUCAAGGAGGGCUGGGGAAUUGGGUUCUGGAUUCUCAAGGUCUCGUAGACUCCAAAGUGAUGAAAAGACUGUGAAGCAGAGGAAGGAGAAACUAAAACACUCACUGGACAACCUGGAAGAGCUAGAAGAACCUUGUUCCUCAAACAGACCCCUGUCAUCCUCUAGCAGGGGCAAAGUGAGAGAUGAUCCCCAACUUAACUGUGAGCAGCAUGAAAGGAAACGGUCUGGUCCGGAGAGGCCUCGGAGACCUCCACUUCCCAAGAUCAGUGGUGAGGUAUUCCUGAGCACUGAAUUUGAUGAAUGGGAGGCUAAGAAUAGCCAUCGAACUCGGAAUUGGGAAAAACACCCUCGACACCAAGACCGACUUUCUCCCAACUCCUCACAGAAAGCAGGGCUUCACUACAAGGAAGCUGUAUAUGGGAGGGACCAUGGGCCAGGUGAGCUCAGAAAAAGGAGACACAGACCCAGGUCCCCUCCCUUCUCAGAGAGUGAAGAGCAGCUUCACCUUCACAACCCAGGAAUGAAGCCAAGAGUUGUAAAAGAAGCUGUCUCUACUCCCUCACGAGUAACCCACAGGGAUCAGGAAUGGUAUGAUGCUGAAAUUGCCAGAAAGCUGCAAGAAGAAGAACUUUUGGCUACCCAGGUGGACGUGAGAGCAGCUCAAGUAGCCCAGGAUGAGGAAAUCGCUCGACUUCUGAUGGCUGAAGAAAAGAAAGCUUACAAGAAAGCCAAGGAGAGGGAGAAAUCAUCUUUGGACAAAAGAAAGCAUGACCCUGAGUGGAAGCCCAAAACACCUAAAUCAGCACACUCAAAGUCAAAAGAAAGUGAUGAACCUCACCGUUCUAAGAAUGACAGGCCAGCACGGCCACCACCACCCACCAUGACAGAUGCUGAGGAUUUGGAUUACACCCAUUAUACAAACCAGCAGAGUUCCACACGUCAUUUCUCAAAAUCAGAGUCCUCUCACAAAGGUUUUCAUUAUAAGCAGUAAAAAUCUAGGAAUCUGCUUCAAAAAUGGACUCACUGUAGUAAAUAUUACUGGAUGAUACAGAAUGCAUUCUACACUUAUUUUUUCUUCUCAUGUUUGUAUUCCUAGGAUUUAUCCUCAAGUGUUUUUUGAUCAUGAAUAUUUUUAAUUCAUUUCAUACAUUUUGGUUAUUUGUGAUCACUUGGGCAGUGUAAGAAAAUGUAGCUUCUGAAUAUUGGCCAUCUCUAUGCUGCCUAUACUUCCUGGGAUAUAGUGUCUAAGAGCUCUGUACAAUACCAUCUUGUUAGGUAUGGAGUAUUAGUAUCUAGGGACUAGGCUUUAUUUAGCAGUUUGAAUUUUAUGGAGAUGAAUGUUCAAAGUAAAACAUAAUGUUUGGAUACAAUGCAGAAUAAAAGAAUAUAAGAAAUAGCUUUUCUGGUGCAUUAGUAUAUGAUAUUUUUUGAAGGACAGAGCCUUUGCUUUUUGUACUCUUCAGGAAAAGAAAAGAAUUACAUCCAUUAAGUAUUAAAAAAAGAAACACUUGGAGCAGUUGAAAUAUGUUAUUCCAACUGCAUGGUCUGUAGAGAUUUUGUGUAUCCUUCUAAGCCUUUCUGGAGAAAUUGGCCUAGAUACCAUUCUGUAACUUACUCUGCUUUUGCCUCUUCAGUAAGGCCUUCUGAGGCCUCUGGCCAAUGGACCAUUUAUUAGUAUUUAUUGGCAAAAAAGGUGAUUCUCUGAAAUUUUAACUCAAAUUUGUGCAAAGUCAACUGUAAAUGAAAAAUUUGUAUCCCUUCUUUUGUUUUACAUUUACUUGUAGAGCCAAGGGAAAUGGAAUUGGAAGGUGAUUGCAUAAGUAACGAUGCCAUCAGUCUCUCUGGCUAUAGAUUGAAGUUUUUCUCUUGCUUAACGUUCUAGCAGUGUUUGUUGGCAACUUCUCAAUAAUGUUUUGUUUAACCUGUCAAUAAUUAGAUUAAUUCAACAUGAAGUUGCAUUUGAUAAAGUGGUUCUUUAUUCAAGUAUUUGGUUUUAUACCUUUGUUAAUGGGGAUAGUAUUCCUUUGUACAAGACCUUUAAACUUAUCUUCAAGAAAUUUAGAGUCUUUGUGUAGCUGCUAACCUCAUGGAAUUGUUUAUUUUUCCAUACUUCUUAGUUAACACAUGGCAGUCAAGCUAUACACACACACAUAUACAUACACAUACGUAAUAUAUCUCUUUAGCUUGACUUGCUAUUAUUUUUCAUUAUAUAAAUCUGAAAUUUUUGGCAUUUCAAUAUGGUAUUUGUUUAGGAAAGAAUUAUAUAGGUCACUGGAGAAAAAGUUACUAAUUUUUUUCCCACUGGGAAUUGCCUUCUGUUUGCCUUAUCUUUCCAGAUAGUCUUUAAAGUUGGGCAAUAUUGAGGAAGCUCUUUAGAACAGUUUCUCAGAAUAGAUUUGGAUUUCUCAUUUUGAGAAAGAUUUUUAGUUUCAUAAACUUUUUGUAUUGUAGGAAAUUGAGUAAGAGUCAUCUAAAGAGUUAUGUUUUGGGUAAGUGAUAAUCUAGAAAGAUAAUCUCUAUCCCUAAGGGAUAUAAUCAUUUUGGAGAAAUGGAAGAAAGGAAAAAUAACAGGAUUUUAUAUAACUGUGAUGAAAUGAAUAAAGAAAAAUCUUCAUUUAAAUAGGGAUAGGGAGACAAAAUGGAGGUCCUGGCCUUAAGUCAAAUUCCAGAUAGUGGUUUCAAUAUUCAAAGCUUAGGCCUUAUUGAAUUGUAGCAAUGCUGUAUUUUUCUUAAUCUGCCCUGUGAUUUUGCUUCAUGUUCUUAAACUUUUUCUUUAUGGUAACUUUAAAAAAGAAACACAUUAUAUUUUUAUUUGAUAAUUAGAAAAAUGGGCAACAUCAUUUGCCAUAUUUUUAUUUUAUAAAUGUUUAUUUUUCUAUCUCAUACAAUGAUCAGUUUUACUUUAAAAAUUAUGCAUUUCUUCUGCCUCUCAUGUAUUUCAUCCAAUCAUAUUUAUUAUUGUAAAAUGUUAAUUGGAGAUAUUUCAUUCAAAAAAUGUCAAGCCACUUAACACAUAACCAGAAUGUUAAUGUUUCGGCUGUCUUAGUGAGUGACCAAAAGUGGUAUUUCCCUUGUGAUAUCAAAUCAAUAUCUGUAUUAAAAAUUUGUUACUUUUUUUAGGUUUUUAGGAGAUUAGAAUUUUAAAAUAUUGUAUCUUAUUUUUUUGUAAAGCAAACAUUUUUUUAAGAGUAUCAGAGCAAUUAUUGCCCUAUGAAUAAGGAAAUAGAAAUCACACUCAACCAGUUAAAUCCUCUUAUUCUUUCUCAUUCAAAUAGUGUGAUAAUUAUCUUUUGAGACUAUAGAAGCAACUAACAACUGUAUUUUAAUGAACUGCCAGACACUCUUCACUGUGUUCUCUGCUCUGUCAUUUUUACAUUGAUUUUGUAUUAUUGCUGCUGCUGGAACAUGCGCAGUUUAAUUUUUAGGCCCACAGCGUAUUAUGCUUUAAUGUUUUGAUGUACUAAUACUUCUGGCCUUGGAAAACCUUUCUGUUCCUAUAUCUCUGUUCUUUGGAGACCAGGCCCCAUUAACACCAGUAUUGUUGUAUAAGCACAAUAUAUUAUGGAGCUUUAUUAUAAAGGCUUAUAAAAGAACAUUGAGAUUUUUAGAAAGUGACUUUUCGUACUAUUGAAUUACCAUUUCUCAAGUGACUACAAUAACCAGCAGCAUACUAAUGAACGGUUAAAAAAAAACCCAUAUGGUUUUUGAUCAUAGAGAAAUAUCUAAAUUAGGAAAGGAAGAUAUGGAUAGAUGCUCUCAGGCAGAAAACCUUUUCAGAAUGGCAGUGGCCACAUGGAUCUAGGUCAACAUAUUUGAAAAUGUGUGACCUUGGUCCUUAUUUUUACUGAAUUCACUCUAGAAUAUUGUGAGCCCAGCCCAUUUCCCCUUUUUCUUCCCUUCUUGGGCCUGAAGCUGAACUAGAUGAUGAAUAAUUUCAUUGCUGACUGUUGUCCAUCUCUUUUCCUCAAAGUCAGAACUUUUAAGUAUAAAAAAAAAUUAGUUUUUAACUGAUAAUUAAUUUUCUUUAAUACUGUCAAAACUUCUCUAAAUUUUGUGUUGUGCCAAAUUGGAAAUACCUACUAUAAUAUGGUGCAUUGACUUUACCACUCAAGUGGUUAACAUUUUAAAGCCUUGAUUUUAAAUGAAUGUUGCCUUUGAAAAAAAUCACUUUGGGGAAUACCAAGAUGGAGUCAUUAUUCAGUGAUGAUUUUCUUGAAAGAUUACUGUGAUGGUGGGCUGUAAGAUCUUCAGCCUAAUAAAGGAGUAAGACCCCUGUGACAGCUUUCUGAAGGACUGAGAACAGAAUAGAGUUUGCAAUCAAAGGCUUUUUCCCUUUUGGGAAGACAGUAUUUGUGUAAGGAACAUUAACAUUGAAUGGGAACAUUGUUCAGGUAGAUUUCACUGUACAUAGUGUGCCAUAUUCUGAUGACAUAGGAAUUUUAGAAAUGAUCACAAAAAGUGAAAACCUGUUCAGCAAAAAGAAAAACAGAUUUUUUUACAGUACUUUCCCCAUGACUUACUAGUCAUAGAGAAGUGACUAUAUAAAAUGACCCCAUUUCUCCUCAUUUCUGGUGGUGCCUGUGAGUCUUAAAGCCAUAUCUGCUUAUCUUACUUAGUAAAAGAAUACUUUAUUCUUCUUAGCCCAUGAUAGGCAAUAUGGGCAGGUAGAAGCAAAAUGGAGAAUGUCCUGUUAAUGCUGCAUGGGGGACAAUGUCAUCCAAAUCUUGGUGGAAGAAUCUCUUUUAUCCCUGGUAAUAUGUAAUACUAUUAAGGGGAAGAGUCAGAGGCUGUUGUUGCUCCUGGCCUUUAACAACUAUCAUUAGAAAUGCUGAAAUUUUAUUCUAGAAAAGUCAAGAAAGAAAGGGUAAACUGGGAAAAUCUCACUACUACAGAGUCACCUUUCUGAUGAGACCUGCACUUUAUGCCAGCAAUGCCUGUGAGGAGCAUUAUUGCCUUAAAUUAGCUUGACUCUGACCAAAGUCAGGGCACACUACUUCCUAUCUGUGAACCACAUUCAACUCUCCGUCGAGAUACAAAAUUCACAGAUGAUCCCCAAGCAUUCUAGUCAUCAGGAGCUUUGGACCUACUCUCCUGCUGAGCUGUGGCUGACCUGUAACAUUGACAGGUAUAUCAUUUUAUUUCAAGUUGUCUGUCAACCUCUGAAUAAGCAGUGGCAUGACCAAAAAGACUGGUAGAAGGAGAGUGAGAACAUCCUGGCCAUAUCCUUCAUACCAGGUGAUCACUUCCUGAAUAAUUGAGAGUUGACUGCCCUCCUUUUCUAUGAUAACUAUGUAGAAGAUUAUUUCCAAAGGUUUUACUGUGCAGUGAAGACAUUCAGAUUAUUUGUUUGUAAGAAUUUCACCAACAUUCUUACGUAUUGAAAUCCUUACCUUUAACAAAAAAAGGAGAAAACCAAACAAAAUAGAGACAUUUACUUGAAAUGGGAGAUUUGCUAAUGUGAAGUGUUUCUGUUUUAUUACUUUUAAGAGAAAGUUAACCAGGAAAACUUUUGCUAUGGUAAGGAAGACAUCAGAGUGGUUUUUAAAGAUUCUAUUGGUUGGCACAAACUAACACAGUUAUGUUGAUUUGUGGAAAUAGAUGGCCCUAAAACCAUUCUCUUUCCCUUAUAUAUGUGUGAACACUACCUAACAACAUGUUCCUAAUAGAUUUAAUAUGCAUUUGUAUAUUCUCAGUAAACUAGAAAAUAUUUUUCUCUUUUUUUAGUAAUUUUUCAUAGUGUAGGGAGCCAACACUCUGCUGGUUUCAACACUUCAGAUAAGGGCAGAAUGGAUUGUGUAACUUAGUGCCCCAUUAUUCAUUGCUGAGGUUCAUAUAUAAAGAAUAGAAGAAUUGAAAGACAGGGUUUGAGUGACAUUUCCUUCACAGAAAGAACAAUGAUUAAGAACAGUGAAGACAGUUGAAAGAAUAGACUUAGGAUACAUUUUUGUUGCACUGAAUUUCAGACUAUACUUGCUAAAAUAGUUUCUAGCUGUUAAAUUUGGUGAGAGGGUUUUUGAUGUCAGAAUUUUUGUACUUCUGAUUGAAUUAGCUUGUGAAGUCCCCAUAGACUAUAACUUCAGCAUUUGCUAUAAAUGGAAAGCCAAAUACCCUUUCUCAGAAAUAGCUAUAUUUUUCACCUGCUUCUUAUAAGUAACCCAAUGUUGAUUUCAUGAACUAUUAUAAAUAAUGAGAAGGGAUAGUGGGGAGACAGCAUAUGAAAAUGAUGUUCCAAAAUGAGAAUUCUCUGUAAUGGGGUUUCCCCAAAGAAGAAUCCAUACCAGCACAUUGUAUUUUGAAAAGGUGCUGAAUUAAAAAGUAUAAUAGUUUGCUCAUAUAAAUCAAGUUGCUCAGGAAAUUUGAGGUGUUGCUGUCAUUUGUCUUAUAAUUUGGAAAAGUGAUCUCCUACACAGUGCCCAGGCACUUUCAGAUUUUUUGGUAAAUGCCUCUUUGACAUUUGGAAUGUGGAUAUGUUCAUAAAACAAAUGAGAGAUUAUCCCAAGUGCUCCUCAUUUUAUAGCCAAGCCCCAGAGGGAAAGGCAGCUUUCAAAUAGUUAUUUCAUCGAACUGAACAGAGCCUUCAUGGAAUAUAGUUGCCUGUAUGAGGACAGAAAACAAAGAGGCCACCUCAGACCACAUGCCUAUCUAGAGAUUAAGUGAAACUGUGAAGGAUACUUUGUGGAUGCCUUAUAGGUGACCGGUAGUGGGUACUGGUGGGUAUGUAUGUACCCGUCUGGAUUAGGCUGAUGGAAACAGUCUUAUUUUAAUUCACCUUCAUACAGCACAAGUUGUCCUUGUUCAUGACCUCAUUGAGGAAAAUGAGAAACAUGGUGCUGGUGACUUUCAUAUGUCUUGGGAGGUUGAGGUGGGCACCAUCAUUCAGUCACUCUCCAGUGCUCAAGCCUCCCUUAGAUGCCAAUUGUACACCUACAUUAAUUCAUCUAUGCAAGCUUGUGUUUUUAUGGUUUAAUUUUUACACCUUAUGUCACAUUUGAUUUAUUAAACAUCAGGUCUAACAUUGAUAUUAUGAAUAAUUUUUAAACCAAAGUAUUGUAUAAGUCUAUGUGCUUUGUUUUCCUGUAUGGUUUGACCAAGGUAAACACCAGUCUUGUCCUUCUCUCUUAAUAAAGUCAUUCAUUUGUUAA